CCCCUGCUAAAAAGAACAGAGAAUUCUUCACAACUACAUCUAACUAUAUGCUUCACAAUGCACAAAAGAUGAGCAGGUCAGAGUUUUCUGACAGCUCACAAUUAUGUCAGGACCAGACUAACAAGCCCAUACCUAUAAACCCAACGUAGAGGCAUGGGAAAUGUUCAUAAAUACAGUAGAUCAGGCUUUGGCGCAGUUUAUGGUUUGUCUGUUCUCACCUAAUUCAACUCAUCACUUAGACCAAACUAUGCUGAGCUUCGGUCAAACAGGACAACAGCUGCGUUCUGCCGAUCUAUAUCCCUUCUGUCUAAUCAGAUAGAAUAGUCAUUGUGUCUCUAUUAGUCGAUAAAUCCCGUACAAUUCAGGAGCUGGAUCUCGUCUCUCGGCGUGCCCGUAACUCUCCCCAGACUGACAAUCUCCUGAGAUGUGACUGAUCGCUUGUGACAAGUGACGAGCACUGAGAUUAGCAGGCUAUUACCUCAUUCAAGGUGGUUCUCUUGCAUGUGACAAAGACAGGUACUGUGCACAUCAUUUUGGGAGAGUCUGCACAGAUAGCUUCCUGCAUAGAAACAAACACCUCCUCGAAAAAGCUCAGGGUGCAUCCUCAACAGCAUGACAAUGUUGGAAUCUGCCUUGAUUUUUUUGACGGUAGGUAAAUGAAAGCCUCACGGUGCCCAUUAGCGCGGUGCGCCAGAUGAUUGGUACAGGACGGAAGUCCCACGAGAGCGCGCCACGUGACCAGCUCUGCCACGAGACGUCAGUGGCAGAUGGCACGGGUACCCGCACUGGCAGUUGGCACGGGUGUCACUUUUCUCACAGAGAGGGAGAGAGAGACAGAGAGUGAGAGGAGGGUGAAAACGAGAUUAAAGGAAUUCUAAGUGGCUCACAGCAGACACAUGGAAGGCGCAUGGUGCUGAGACUGAGUGGAAUUUUGGAACAUGCGAGCUAAAUAUUAAGAGAAAAAAAGCAGGGACAAUGUUGACCGCGCCACCAGAUGAGCCAGACGCAAUGCGUGAGCCUCAGUUCGGAGCGAGCUUUCCACGUUCAAGCAUCCAUGACAGUCUGAGACAAGAGCAACAAGAUCAUCGCAGACAACGGUUCGACAAUUUAGACCUACGUGACGAACGAUCGGACAGGGACGAAGAAGAAAGAGACGAAGACCAAGACGAAGAGCAGGACGAGGGCGGUCUAAGCAAAAGGCGCAAUCCAAGAAGACGACAGUCAGGCGCCACGUGCUCGGACAGGGCCCGGCUGCGGCGCCAGGAGGCGAACGCACGUGAGCGCAGUCGGAUGCACGGUCUGAACAGUGCGCUGGAGAGCCUACGCAAGGUUGUGCCGUGCUACUCGAGUGCUCAGAAGCUGUCCAAGAUAGAAACCCUGCGUCUGGCCAAGAACUACAUCCGGGCCUUGUCAGAGACGCUCAGUGCUGGCACACGGCCCGACCUCGUGGCGUUUGCACGAACCCUGUGCAAAGGUCUAUCUCAACCCACCACCAACUUGGUAGCGGGGUGCCUGCAGCUGAACGCGGGACGUUUCCUCGCCAGUCCUGGUAACGUGUCGCCUCCGUGCGAUGCCCCCUACGCGUAUGCGAACGCAGAAACGAGCCGCGCAGACGCGUCCAAACAUUUCCGCCCUUUCUCCUACUGCAACAUGUUUGACUCCUAUUACAACAGCGCGUCUCCGGACAGCCAGCUCAGCCCGCCUAUGAACUAUAACGGCGUGUUCUCGUUUCAGAAACCCGACGAGCAGACGGAGUGCGUCGCGAGCUGCCGGUACGGCGCGACAUGCUGCGGCGCCCCUGGACGCGCUUCCAUCAGCCGGCCUUCCGCCUACACAGCGUCUCCUGACAGCCACUUUCCAAACGAGCUGCGCAUGCGCAAUCAGCCCUUCCAAACCCAAGAACAAUUGAACCCGGUGUACCAUAAUUAAAGAGCCGCCCUGAAAGCACUGAAAGGCGAGGCGGAAACGGGUUCAUUUCCCUUAUUAUAUUGUGUCUUAAUCUAUUUAUUAUUUAUUAUUUAUUAUUUAUUGCCUGAAUUUUACGGCAUAGUUUAUUUUCUGUUUAUUGUAUUACGUGAAUGUCCUACCUUAUUUAUUGCACUCUAAUAAAUGUCAUAUUGUUAAAUGUCUUGUAUUUAUUUUUAUUUCCU